AUGACGACGUCUCAGAUACCGUGCCUUCCUCACCAGAGACAACUUCCCAAGACCCAUGUAAGUGUUUUCCCUCAAACCACUCCUUCCUCAUUCAAGCACAACGACAGUCAUUGUAUCUUUUCCUUCUCUUCAUUGAAGCUCUCUUCAGACAUAGCAUUUAACAAAGCUCCCGCUUUCAUCAUCAUUCCCACCCUUUGAACAUCAAAUCACACCCGUCGUGAUGGUAAGAGUCUCUUCUUCUUCAGUAAUACACAAUUCUGACUUGGAACAUAGGAUCCGGCGGCAGAUCCUGUUCCGGAGGCAGAUUCUCUUCCAUCAGAAGAUUCUGUUCCACCAGAAGAUUCGCUUCGACCAGAAGACCCUGACCCUCCUCCAUCGGAAGACUCUCUUCCACGGGCAGAGCCUCUUCCACCAGCAGAUUCUCUUUCAUCAGAAGAUCCUAUUCCAUCAGAAGAUUCUCUUUCACCAGCAGAUUCUCCUUCACCAGCAGAUCCUCCUCCACCAGAAGAUCCUCUUCCACCGGCAGAUCCUAUUCCGCCGGCAAAUCCUCUUCCACCAGCAAACCCUCUUCCACCCAGAGAACCUCCACAUUCUCCCUCCCUGAUUCUUCCACCUUUGAAAUCAUCGCCUUCGCCUACCCUUACUCUUCCAUCGCUGGAACCGCCGAUCAUAGCACAAAUCUUCCAAAGAUAUUUGGAGAUAAGAGAUUCUCAGCCAAAAGAAAUCGUAUUUCCUGAAAGAGAACUCCCAGUACCGAUACUACAUGCCCACGUGGGUCGCAAUCCGAACCCUACCAUGAACGGCCAUGAGUACACGCGCAGACUUGUGGGAGGCCUGAUGCCUAGGAUCAUCAUACCAAAGGGCUCAAGCAUAGCGAGUAUGUUUCCUCUUGGUCCGCCAGCAAUUCCCCGGUUACCAUUGGGCCCACCGGCAGGUGUUAAACCUCCUCCGUGUGUUCGUGUGGAAAUGCAUGUGACCCGUGAAAGAAUGACGGCCAUUUGUCGAGACCCUGAGGGAGGGUUCAUUUAUCGUAGGGCUUUUGGCGCACCCCAUUCUCCAGAUCAUUGGGUAGGGAUAUGGGCGAUGUAUUGGAUUCUCGUCACCGUCGCGGAUAUUUUCGAAACCAAUGCCGCAAAUGGACUAUUUCGCCAAAUACAGAUCUACACCGACUCACACCACGUUUUGAAUUACUGGAACUUUCUGGCCGCUACGGGAAUCCCAGCUAAAGGCGUAAUUCCUGAUGACCCCGAAUUACCAGUGGAUUAUCUUAGGGACAUUUUGGAUAUGGCUGAAAGGAUAGUGAUUGACGGGAGGAGGGCAGUGAGUUUUCGUGCCAUUUCUAUGGAGGGCAAUUGGGAAGCCGUACAAUUAAGUAUGCAGCCUAUUCAAGGUGAAUUUCAGUUCCUGCCAUCAGGGUAG